AUGCCAUCGCCCAUGGCACCUCUUGCCCGCGUGCAGGCUCCUCUGCGGCGGGCUCUCGCCUCGUCGGCUCGCUCCCGAGCCUUCGCCACCGUUCCUCCCACCUUCGGCACAACAUCCGAAGCAGCAUCGCAACCCCCGAAAGCCCGCAGACCGACCUACUUCAAGGACAAGAGCCUCGCGUCGCUGGACGACUUCAUCGCGAGCAAGGGCGACCCCGCGGCCCUCUCCGAGGCCGAGGCCUACGAGAUUCGCACCGUCGAGGUCACGGGCCCGACGGGCAAGAAGAAGACCAUCACCCGCCUUCCUGAGUGGCUCAAGACGCCCAUCCCCGCCGGCAACGAGAAUUACAAGUCCAUUAAGAAGGAUCUGCGCGGUCUGGGGUUGCACACGGUAUGCGAGGAGGCCAAGUGCCCCAACAUCUCCGAGUGCUGGGGCGGCUCCUCCAAGAGCGCAGCGACGGCGACCAUCAUGCUCAUGGGCGACACGUGCACGCGCGGAUGCCGUUUCUGCAGUGUAAAGACCAACCGCGCGCCGGCGCCGUUGGACCCCCAUGAGCCGGAGCACACGGCCGAGGCGCUGGCUAGGUGGGGUUUGGGAUACGUUGUUCUGACGUCUGUUGACCGCGAUGACCUGGCGGACGGCGGAGCGCGGCAUUUUGCUGAGACAAUCAGCAAGAUCAAGGCCAAGAAGCCGAGUCUGCUGGUCGAGGCGCUGACCGGCGACUUUAUGGGCGACUUGGACAUGGUGAAGAUUGUGGCGGAGAGCGGUUUGGAUGUAUAUGCGCACAAUGUUGAGACGGUGGAGGCGCUGACGCCGUAUGUGCGUGAUCGGAGGGCCACGUUUGCGCAGAGUAUCAAGGUGCUUGCGCGGGUCAAGGAGGUGAAGCCGGAGAUGAUUACCAAGACGAGUCUGAUGCUUGGCUUGGGAGAGCAGGAGGAGGAGAUUAUGGAUGCUUUGAGGCAACUUCGCAAAGCCAACGUCGACGUCGUCACCUUCGGCCAGUACAUGCGCCCGACGAAGCGCCACCUCAAGGUCGAGAAAUACGUCACCCCCGACGAGUUCGAGAUGUGGAAGCAGCGCGCGCUGGAUAUGGGAUUCCUGUACUGUGCCAGUGGUCCCCUGGUUCGGAGCAGUUACAAGGCCGGCGAGGCGUUUAUCGAGAACGUGCUGCGCAAGAGGGCGGGCGAGAAGGCUGGCAUGGCCGCGAGCGGUAGGCUGGGCCAGACUGUUGCUCUGGAGGAGGGGUUCAAGACGCUUUAG